AUGAAUGAAUAAAAUUAUAAGGAUAACUUAAAAAAAGUAGAUUCGUUUAAAAAUAUGAGAGAUAGAUGGUCUUAUUAUUCAAGAACACCUAAAUCAAAUAUUCUGACUAAAUACAUAUCUAAUGAUUAAGAUAUAAUUGAUAGUUAAGAAAGUAAAUCACCUUAAAGUAAAUAUAACUUUUUAGAAAGCGCUAGAAGUCAAUACAUUAUGACAUCAAAUUACGAUUAAAGAUUGUAAACCAAAGAAUUUAAUAUGCUUUUAGACAAAAGUAAUUGA